AUGCCGGCAGAGGUGCAGCCUAUGAAAGUCAUUGUCGCAAGCCCUAGUCGCUCAGGCACCCUGGGGCUCUAUCAAGCAAUGCAAAUCCUGGGUUUCAGGACCUAUCAUCUCGUCGAAUGUAUCGCGAACCGUGGCUUACCUCACAUGGAGGUCUUCGAAGAAGCGGUGACCGCUGAGCACAAUUCCCUUUCUGGAAUUAAGAAGUACGAUAGGGCUGAUUAUGACAGAUGGUUGGGGGACUAUAGCUGCAUCGUCGAGGUCCCUAGCUAUCUUGGAACAGGCCUGAUCGAGGCUUAUGUCAAUGAUCCUGAUGUCAAAUUCAUUCUUACUGAGCGAAACCCUGAGAAAUGGGCGACGUCCAUUAACAAAACUAUUGGGCCCAACGCUGAGAUGUCGCACCAAUUCCCGUUCUUGAUUCUGAAGUACUUCAAUGCAACCAUGUACCACACUCACACUCUCAUAGAGCUCAUCUAUCGAGUGAUGUCCAAAUGUACGGCGCGUGGUGAAGCAGAGAACGUCGAAAAUAUUCAGAAGCACUACACAGAGUAUGUCAAGAAAGUGAAGGAAGUCAUUCCCGCGGACCGACUGUGCCAUAUUCAGCUUGAGGAUGGCCUUGGUUGGGAGAACAUUUGCCCAUUCCUGGAUCUUCCAAUCCCGGAACAAGCGUAUCCCGGGCGGAAUGAGCCUGAGAAGAUGCAUCAGUUGUCGAAACAAAUGCUGAAGCCCAUGAUCAUGGAUGCCGUCACCAAGCUCAGCGCUAUUGCUAUUCCAGUGGUCGGCAUUACCUGCUGGGCUGCCAUGAAGUAUGGUCCCAAGGUGGUCGCAGCUGUUGGAAAGCCCCAGUGA